AUGAUACAUUAUCGCAGCAUCCUCCAGUCGGCCCUUCGCCAGUCUCCAAUACACACACGAUUUCUUUGGAGACCGGUGGUCCGAAGCGUCAGCACCGCGGCACAACCAAAUGCCUCCCGAGAACCAUCGCGCUGGACGCGCCGCCUGGUCUAUACCGGUAUAUUUGGAACGCUUGGCAUCGGAGCAGGGAAAUGGUUGGACAACAAAAUCUCAUCGCCAUUGGAUCCUGGGUCGUUAGAAGACCAAAUGGAGAUUCGGGAAAUCCAGCGGGUAUUCGACAUUGGACUCCCGAUUGUACAAGAGCUGCGUCGUAACCCCGAUUACGUGGAAAAGAAUGUUUACGAAAACUUCGCUGAUAAGCACAAAACCCAUCGGCUGACAUCAGGCCCCUUGGCUGGCAGUAGGGGCUUGGGAUUACAGAAAGUUUUCUGGAAUGACAAAGAGAAGAAAAUCAUUAGCGUGGUCUUCUUGGGACCAGGCCUUGAAGGCUGGCCAACCAUGGUCCAUGGAGGCGCGCUCGCCACUGUGAUCGAUGAGAACCUGGGGCGUGUAGCCAUUCGGCAUUUCCCAUCGCGAACUGGUGUCACUGCCAACCUCGAGCUCAACUACCGGGCGCCGGUCUACUCGGACAAUUUCUAUACCCUGCAUACCACCCUAGAUCAGGAACGAAGCACAGACACCAAGGCAUAUACCAAGUGUGAGGUCCGUGACAUGGCAGGCCAACUAUGUGUUGAAGCGACGGGGCUUUUCGUUGUCCCUAAGACACUCAAGCUAAACAUGGUUGGGGAAUAUUUCUGA